CACAGCCGACAGGCCCCCAGCACCGAUUCUUGUGCCAGCGGCAGCUCCCACUCCAAGUCCUUUGACCAGUUGAAGUGUGGGCCAUAUCUCUGCAGCAGCGACGGGGCCGAUUCGGUCAGCAUCACCUCGGCGGGUUCCAGCAGCUCCGACGUGGAAGAGAUCAACAUCAGCUACAUUCCUGAUUCGCCCGAAGUUCAAGAGAAGAAGUUUUGGGAAUCUACCUCGCUGAGCUCCUUGGAUACGUCGGGUGUUGGGUCAAGUUCAAGCAGCGCUUCUUCAUCGUCCGUCUCCUCCACGCCAGUGACAGUGUCCCGUACGCACAAGCGCUCCGUCUCGGGCAUUUCCAGCUAUUCCUCCCUCUCGUUACCUCUUUAUAACCAGCAGAUCGACGAUUGUUGUAUCAUCCGAGUCAGCUUGGCGGUGGAUAACGGAAACAUGUACAAAAGUAUUUUGGUGACAAGCCAGGAUAAAACCCCGGUGGUGAUUCGCAAAGCUAUGGCCAAACACAACCUGGAUGGAGAUCGGCCAGAAGAUUAUGAGCUCAUCCAGAUCAUCUCGGAAGACAGAGGUACAGAAGACAGCGGAAAUGCCAUCUGGAUUCUCCGAUUUAUUUAAUGCUCUUUGUUUAGUUAUUGUGUUGGUUAACUUUUCCCC